UUCCACGACACAUGCGGCGCCUGCUCCUCUCGGUUCCUGCGCAAGCCCAGAGCUAAAACCGCGAGGCCAAGCCACCACUCGCGCGCACAGCAGACGCAGGUCACACGAUCGAGUGGCCGCCGCCGCGAGCACGGCGAGAACAAUGGCCGCCGCAGCCGGGGGCGGAGCGGACGGGCAGCUGAAGGUGCUGGGCGCGUGGCCGAGCCCGUUCGCGAACCGCGUGCGCGUGGCGCUGCACCUCAAGGGCCUCGAGUAUGAGAACGUGGAGGAGGACCUGACCAACAAGAGCGAGCUGCUCCUCGCCUCCAACCCCGUCCACAAGAAGGUCCCCGUCCUCCUCCACGGCGGCCGGCCCGUGCCGGAGUCCCUCCUCAUCCUGGAGUACCUCGACGACGCCUUCCCCGCCGCCGGUCCUACCCUCCUCCCCGCCGACCCCUACCACCGCGCCGUCGCCCGCUUCUGGGCCGCCUACGUCGACGGCAAGUUGCACGGCGUGAUGGUUGCGGCGUUGACUGGGGCAACGGAGGAGGAGAGGGCGGCGGCGACGGCGGACACGUUCGCGGCGCUGGAGACGCUGGAGGGCGCGUUCGCGGAGUGCUCCGGCGGGAAAGGAUUCUUCGCCGGCGACGCGCCCGGGUACCUGGACGUCGCGUUCGGGGCCUUCAUCGGGUGGCUGCGCGCGUGGGACAGGAUCACGGGCGUCACGCUCCUGGACGCCGGCCGGAUCCCGCUGCUCGCCGCGUGGGCGGAGCGCUUCGCCGCGCUCGACGCCGCCAAGGGGGUCAUCCCGGAACCGGAGCACAUCGCCGAGUUCGCCAAGGUGCUGCAGGCACGGGCCGCUGCAGGUGCGAGCAACUGAGCUCGCAAGUGAACGCGGUUGCAGCUGCACCACAUAUCAAAGAUCGAGUAAUAUGUUCGUGUGCUCGCCUCGUUCCCUUUUUCUUUUCCAAAAACUAUCGUCAAGAAUUUGGGAAAAAACUUUGUUUAAAUAACAUUUUAGUAUCAGUUUCUUGCGAUAUCUCAGAGCUUAUUAUUGCUAUAAAGAAUCAAUCAAUGUAUUAAAAGAUCUAUGAAUAUGAAUCUACAUGUAACUUUUAUACAUUGAACGUGUAUGUAAUUUGACUAAUUGUCAAUCAAGAUUUACAGGGUUUAACUUUUA